GCGCGUUUUUGCAGGAAGUGCGAGAGCCCUUUAGCCAGCUGUUCGAUCAACAACAACACAUAGACCCACAAAAGCUAGUGCCCGCAAAUCGUGUCAAAGACAACGACAGAGACAGCAACGACCUGUCACAGGACUAUAGGCAGUGUAAGAGGGAGAGUUCCGCCCCUGAGCCCCUGCACGCAUAGACCCCCCCGGGAGGACCCCCGCUCAUGGCCAGCAGAGGAGGGAGUGCCAGGCCCAAUGGCAGCCUGCCGCAGACCAAGAUCUGCCAGUUCAAGCUGGUGUUGCUGGGAGACAUGGCGGUGGGCAAGUCCAGCCUGGUGCUACGCUUCGUCAAGGGCCAGUUUGAUGAGUUUCAAGAGACCACCAUUGGGGCUGCGUUCCUGGCGCAGUCCGUGUGUUUAGAUGACACGACGGUGAAGUUUGAGAUCUGGGACACGGCGGGACAGGAGCGCUACCACAGCCUGGCCCCCAUGUACUACCGCGGAGCGCAGGCGGCCAUUGUGGUGUUUGACAUCACCAAGCCGGAGACCUUUGAGCGGGCCAAAGCCUGGGUGAAGGAGCUUCAGAGACAGGCCAGCCCCAACAUUGUCAUUGCCCUGGCAGGGAACAAGGCUGACCUGGCGGACAAGCGCAUGGUGGAAUAUGAGGAGGCCCAGACCUAUGCAGAGGACACAGGCUUGCUGUUCAUGGAGACCUCUGCCAAGACCGCCAUGAACGUCAAUGAGCUGUUCCUGGCCAUCGCGAAAAAGAUGCCAAAAACAGACACCCAGAACCCCACACAUGCUGCACGGCACAGGGGAGUCAAUCUCCAAGACCCUGAUGCCCAGUCCACCCGGGGCUGCUGUGGGAACUAACCCCACCUUCCUCAGACCAUGGGGGCUUGGGAACAGGAGACCACCCCUUCCGUUACCCCCACCCUACCACCACCCAGACAGAGAGGGAGUGUGACAGAGAGAGAGAGAGAGAGAGAGAGAGCGCGAGAGAGAGGGAGAUGAAGGCUACCUUCUGCAGCUUAUCCUCACAGGCAGUAGAGAGAUUUGAUUGAGUGGUGGAGAUUCGAGAGGACUGAGAGACAGAGAGAGAGAUUAGGAGAGAGGGAGAGAGUGUAUUGGGUUUUGUAUAAAAAAAUUGGCACACAUAGUUGUUUUUUUUCUGUUUAAUUUAAUUUAAAUCAUGGUUCCUUUUUGAUGCAAGCACUGAAGUGUCAACUCUUAAAUGACCAAAGGGAGGGAGAGACAGACUGAUGGAGGAUAGAGGGGGAGGGACUCUGUGCCAGAUCUGGUGAGGCAGAGAUACAGUGGAUAAAACAAGAGUGAGCAAUCAAGAGACAGGCUUAUACACCUCUGUGCCCAGCCUACCCCUCAUCCCUCAGAUAAAUACCCUUCCCAGUCAGCUCCAGAGCAGUCUUGUACCCUCCCUAGUCACCCUGUUCCAAGCCUGGGAUAUCUGAUAUCCCUUCUUAGAAAUGGGACCCUGUACACAUCGUUUCUGUCCUCAAACUGAAACCAGACUGGACCUUAGCAUUUUUCUGCACCAAGCCCCAGACAACCCCCCAAGGAAUCUCAUAAAAGAGCUGUCAGAUUGGUGGCAGAACAGCUUUGCCCUCUGGGUCCCGAGUUAACGGCUCACUGCUCUCAGCUUGUGCGUUGUAUUUAUUUUGUGUGCUUUCAAGCGCACACCCUUCUCAAACCCUGUCUUUUAAAAUCGAAUGCUCAAGUCCUGGUCACCAUCAUCAUUUAAGCGCUGGGGUGCCGAAUGGUUGUUGGUCUCAUCCGUGAAUUCUGUCUGACACUGCAAGUCAGAAAGUCUUCCAGACCUCCCUCCCUACGCAGCUGAAUACACUAUUUAUUGUUGGAAUGCGUUUUCGCCUGGUGUCCCUACCACUUGUUGUAAGCUGCUGUUAAAACAAUCAAUCAACCGUCUAUAUAACAGUUAUAACAUACAUAUUGAUUUGCAGCCUUAUUAGUAGCAAUACUGUAGAACAGCGUAAUCAUGAUUUCCCUUCAGCCUUUGUAGCACAAGGGUAUGGUGAACCAAACAUCGGAGCCUAAGGACCUGACAGAAUACACAAACAAUGCGGUCAAAUGCAUUCAACAUAGGCAUCUGUUUGAUGCUAUCCAGUGCACUGUAAUGUAAUACUUACAUGGUCAAGGAAAUUUGCCCCCAAGCAUUCUGGGUUUGUACAUUUCAAAGAAGAAAAUCAAAAGGGUUUGGAAAAAAAUAGAAGUGCCUAUUCUCCAUUUUUUUCCUUGUUUGUUGUUUUGACCUAGCCUGGGGUGUGUUCAGUAGGCAGAGCGUGACAAAUUUUUCUGUAAUAUAAAACUAAUUCAUUCAUCAUUUUCAUUCAGAUUCGGUGUAUUUUUCUACAUGAUCCUUGUAACAAUUCAAAUUUAGCUUUGUAGUUAUUUUCAGUAGAUUAAGCAUCAGUAUCACUUGUUUAGUGGUUAAUGUCACAGCGGUGAAAGGAUAAAUAUGUCAAUUUGUAACCGGCUAGUACAACGUUGAGAGAAAGUUGUGAAAUUUGACUAAAUCAAUCCCGUUCCACUUUCAAAGAUGAACUCUACUCCACAUCCACUGCAUAUGGAUUCAGCAUCAUGUGACCACCUCGACCCAAGGAGAGCCAAGUUUCAGUUUUCUAAAGGAUACUGCAGAACGUUCUACAUAGGGAACACACCCCAGAUUUCCAGCUGUGCAAAGUGCUCCGUCAGUGUGGCAAUACUGUGAGAGUGCCAUUCUCGCGGCACUCCCUUCAUUCCCAUUGCUGAGUGUGGUCUGCUCCGCCAUGUCUAACAGCUGGCUGGUUCUUCUGGCCCAGUGAUUUGCAGUUUAAUUGUUUGGAGCCUGGGUGGAAGAUUUAAAGUCUCUGUGCAGUAUUUUUUUUUUUUUUUUGCUUUUGUUCCUUUUUUUUUUUUUUUAAAGAUCUUUAAUUUGGUCAUCACUCAAGUUUAACUGCUUAAAACAAUGACGAGAAGCAUUAAAAACACAUUCUGUAAAUUGUUUUACUGCAUAAUGUCACCAUUUGUCAUUCCUCAUUCAUAUUAGCCUUGUGGGUGCCAUUUCAGCAGUUCUUU